ACUAUUAUUUUCCUGGUUCGUCAGACUUGAAGCGAUUAGAUUUUAAUUUCGGUACCAGAUUCCCAUUAUUCAUAUUCAGUUCUCGCUUCGAUCUAGUUGGGAAUAGGCUGUCUGCGGCUCGGUUUACGCAGCUUGUUCCUCGAUUUAGUGAUUAAAUCUAAAUAUCUACUGUCGAACUCAUAUUGGACACUAAUUGCUUAUCUUAUCGCGACAGUGAACAAAGAGAAUUCUAACGAGCUUUGUUUAAUAGGUCCAUGGAAACAGUGGGAAGGCUCGAGUCUGGCACCGAAUUUCACCAAAAUAAGGAACAAUCAACUACCAAGUGAUCUUCACUUCGCUUUCUUGCUACGGAAGUGACUUAUUUUUGUUUCGUGUUUUCCGAAAGGCGUAGAUGUGUCGCAUAACGAGUUUGUUUCUACCUUAAAUAAUUUUCAUGUCGUUUUCGUUGGUUUCUGCUUAGAAGAUACAGACGAAAAUUUAAGAUAAAUUCGUCAAAAUGAUCGAAGAUAAUAGUGUGACCAAUAACCUGCUCGGGAACGAUGGGAAAAAGCGUGCAGGAAUCCUAAAACCUUACAUCGCACCAGCACAACCUAAAACACUACAACAUCUGCCAGAACGUCCACCAGUUGAUUUGGAAUUUCAUGAUUUGAGCUAUCGCGUGCGGGAAGGACGGCGAAACAAUGCUAAGAUUAUUCUCAAAAAUGUCAGCGGCAAAUUACGAUCCAAAGAGCUUACGGCCAUUAUGGGGCCAUCCGGAGCGGGCAAAAGUACAUUACUUAAUAUUUUGUCCGGUUACAAAACCACAAACAUUGAAGGAUCCAUUUUGAUGAAUGGACGUGAACGCAAUUUGAGUACAUUCCGGAAGUUAUCGGCAUAUAUUAUGCAGGAUAAUCAGCUUCAUGCCAAUCUUACGGUUCAAGAAGCUAUGACUGUUGCAACGAAUUUGAAAUUAAGCAAGAAAUUUACAAAACAGGAGAAAGAUGAAAUGAUAACAGAAAUUCUCCUCACACUCAGUUUAAGUGACCACCGACAAACAAUGACCCGCAAUCUCUCCGGAGGGCAGAAAAAACGUCUUUCCAUUGCCCUGGAGUUGGUAAAUAACCCACCGAUUAUGUUCUUUGAUGAACCAACCUCUGGCCUGGACAGUUCAACAUGCUUCCAAUGUAUUAAUUUAUUGAAAAUGCUUGCAGCCGGAGGACGCACCAUUAUUUGCACAAUCCAUCAACCCUCCGCUCGUCUCUUCGAAAUGUUCGACCAAUUGUAUACUUUGGCAGAUGGUCAAUGCGUCUACCAAGGCAGCACAAGACAACUGGUGCCUUUCCUGUCCACAUUAGGCCUAGACUGUCCAUCUUACCAUAAUCCAGCUAGUUAUAUUAUUGAAGUUGCUUGUGGUGAACACGGUGAUAAUACGAAGCGUCUAGUGGAGGCCAUUGAGAAUGGUUGCCGAGACAUACGAACCCCUGAAGAUUUUGCCAAUAUCAAAGCCAGGAAUGAUGUGGUUCAGGUUCAUAAUAAUAUUAAAGCGUUUAUCAGCAAGAACGACGCUCAUAGCAUUCCCAAUGGCGACAAGUUCGAGAAUCAACUACCACUUUCUAAUACUGGUAAACUUAAUCUGGUCAACGACAUUGCAAAAGAUAGUGGUGUUCAGAUUGCACCAAAAGGUGAAGCUUUGGUCAUUGAUGUGGAAAAGGAAAAUAAUGUUACAACGGCCUUGCUCUCUGACGAAAUCACAUCGCCCGAACGUUAUCCAACUUCUCAAUUCCAUCAAUUUUGGGUAGUUUUGAAACGAACCCUUUUGUUCAGUUAUCGAGAUUGGACACUCAUGUAUCUACGACUGUUUGCUCACUUGGUUGUUGGGUUCCUGAUCGGAGCCCUCUACUACGAUAUUGGUAACGACGGUGCUAAAGUCCUCAGCAACUUGGGAUUCCUGUUCUUCAACAUGUUGUUCUUGAUGUAUACAUCCAUGACAAUUACAAUCUUGUCUUUCCCACUAGAAUUGCCGGUACUCCUCAAGGAGAACUUUAACAGGUGGUACUCGCUCAAGUCGUACUACUUCGCGAUUACAGUGUCCGACCUACCGUUCCAGGCUAUAUUCUGCGUAAUAUAUGUCUCGAUUGUGUACUACUUCACAUCACAACCUUGGGAGCUAUUCCGAUUCUCAAUGUUCCUUUCAGCUUGCCUAUUGAUAUCAUUCGUUGCACAAAGUGUAGGAUUAGUCGUGGGAGCGGCCAUGAAUGUUCAGAACGGUGUAUUUCUGGCGCCUGUCAUGUCUGUACCAUUCCUCCUGUUCUCUGGAUUCUUCGUAUCCUUCGAUGCUAUUCCGGUUUACCUAAGAUGGAUCACAUAUCUUUCAUACAUUCGCUACGGUUUCGAAGGAACUGCUUUGGCCACGUACGGAUACGAACGCGAGAAACUCAAGUGCUUCCAAACCUAUUGUCACUUCAAAUCGCCGAUGACAACGCUGGAGGAGUUGGACAUGGUUAACGCUAGCUUCACUUUAGAUAUUGUUGCCUUAGUUAUUAUCUUUGUUGUAUUAAGAACUGCUGCAUUCCUGUUCUUGAAAUGGAAGUUGAAAACGGCACGAUAGGUUCCUAGGAUCUAAGUUAGUGAGGUAUACCUGCGGGUUAGGAUUUAAUCAACAUAUUUGAUAGGUGUUUUGUUUUCCUAUAUCCUCUAUUCUAAUUUUGCUAGAAAUCAAACCUUCUCUAUUAUUUCUAAUGCAAGGUAAGGCUUAGAUUAGAAAAACUCACCAUUUCUAGGACAAACGUUUAUUUUUCAAUCGGAGUCGGUCAUGCUUGAAUCUAAAUGUUUGAAUAGGAAGAUACCAGGUAAGGCUCGAAACGGAUGAAUCCAGUUACUAUAUAAUAGCUUUAAACGAUGUUUACGAAAAGAAUCCUACAGGACAUCAUUGUCAAACUCUAUCCAAAAACGAGAAUAGAAUAAAUCUGUUGAUCACA